AGGACUGCCUGGAUGAGGUGAGGACCUGGUGGCCGCAGUUGUGGCACUGUGCGCAGGCGCGGAACUGACCGGACCGAGCAGGCGGCUGUGGCCUCGCCAGCUGGUGAAAAGUCGGCGAGCGUCCGAGGUAGGGAAGGGAACAAGCAGGGAUGUGGACACCUCUUUCCCCGCCAGGCCUCGCCGGCGCCUGACCCUCCCGGCCUGCGGCACCGGCUCAGGUGACUGGGCGGAGAGCUGAGGUUUAAAAAUAUCCUUUUUUUGCUGAAGGAACACAUUUGCUGGUAUAGUUUCAGAAUGUCAAGUACUGUGUCCUACUGGAUCUUAAAUUCUACAAGGAACAGCAUUGCCACACUGCAAGGGGGCAGACGCUUAUACUCCAGGUAUGUCUCAAAUAGGAAUAAAUUAAAAUGGAGGCUCUUUUCCCGGGUGCCACCCACCCUAAACAGUUCCCCAUGUGGUGGCUUCACUCUGAUCAAAGCCUACAGACACACAUCAACAGAGGAAGAUGAUUUUCACUUGCAACUCAGCCCUGAGCAGAUAAACGAAGCGCUUCGAGCUGGCGAAUCAGCCCACAAGAUUCUUGACCUUGAAAGCAGAGUUCCAAAUUCAGUGUUGCGGUUUGAGAGCAACCAGCUGGCUGCCAAUUCACCAGUGGAGGACCGGCGAGGUGUAGCCUCCUGCCUGCAAACCAAUGGACUGAUGUUUGGCAUCUUCGAUGGACAUGGCGGUCAUGCAUGUGCCCAAGCAGUGAGUGAGAGGCUCUUCUACUAUGUGGCAGUGUCCCUGAUGUCCCACCAGACCCUGGAGCACAUGGAGGGAGCUAUGGAAAGCAUGAAACCCUUGCUGCCCAUCCUGCAUUGGCUCAAGCACCCAGGGGACAGUAUCUACAAGGAUGUCACAUCCGUGCAUCUUGACCACCUCCGUGUCUAUUGGCAGGAACUGCUUGACUUGCAUAUGGAAAUGGGACUAAGCAUUGAAGAAGCAUUAAUGUACUCCUUCCAGAGACUGGAUUCUGACAUCUCGCUGGAAAUCCAGGCCCCUCUGGAAGAUGAGGUGACAAGGAACCUGUCACUCCAGGUUGCUUUCUCUGGGGCAACAGCUUGCAUGGCCCAUGUUGAUGGAAUUCACUUGCACGUGGCAAAUGCUGGUGACUGCCGAGCCAUCCUUGGUGUCCAGGAGGACAAUGGCAUGUGGUCUUGUCUGCCUCUUACCCGUGACCACAAUGCCUGGAAUCAGGCCGAGCUGUCCCGGCUAAAGAGGGAGCACCCUGAGUCAGAGGACAGGACAAUCAUCAUGGAGGACAGGCUGCUGGGCGUUCUCAUCCCCUGCAGGGCCUUUGGGGAUGUUCAGCUGAAGUGGAGUAAAGAGUUGCAGCGCAGCGUUCUGGAGAGGGGCUUCAAUACUGAGGCCCUCAACAUCUACCAGUUCACACCCCCACACUACUACACUCCACCCUACCUGACUGCUGAGCCUGAGGUCACAUACCACAGGCUGAGGCCCCAGGAUAAGUUCCUUGUGCUGGCAUCAGAUGGCCUGUGGGACAUGCUGAGCAAUGAGGAUGUGGUAAGGCUGGUAGUGGGGCACCUGACUGAGGCAGAUCAGCACAAGACAGACCUGGCCCAGAGACCCGCCAACUUGGGGCUCAUGCAGAGCCUGCUGCUGCAGAGGAAAGCCAGCGGGCUCCACGAGGCUGACCAAAAUGCAGCCACGCGGCUGAUCAGACAUGCAAUCGGGAACAAUGAGUACGGGGAGAUGGAGGCAGAGCGGCUGGCGGCGAUGCUGACAUUGCCAGAGGACUUGGCGAGGAUGUACAGGGAUGAUAUCACUGUCACUGUGGUAUAUUUUAACUCAGAAUCAAUCGGUGCAUAUUACAAGGGGGGUUAAGAAUCUCCCAUCCUAUUGUCAAGGUUAACAUAAAUGCUCUUCUAAAACGUUUCACUUACUCUUAAACUAGCUAUCCAAACCUUACUAUCAAAAGUGCAGGCAGGUUUAAUUUGCUAAAUAGACUAACAGGAGGAAAGAAACAAACAGCCUAGCUUUAAAAAACAGUGAAAUAGCAGUGAUUUCAUGUCCGUGUAAGUCUUAUAUGCAGAGAGGACAGAGCAUAAAGUCUAUAGAAUUGGCUUGGGCUCAUGUAACCCAAGUCGUUUGAUAAAGAUGUGAAACUGUGUCAGCCUUGAGCCUUCUAAGGGUAAAUUUAAUCAUGAUUCUGAGAAUAAAGAACUUCAGGAUCUUGUGAGGUCUUGCCACAAAAAUCUGCAAAUUUGAUAAUUCUCCUGAAUUCACAAUCAUGGACUUCUAGACUAUGAAGAGAUAUUUUAUUUGUUUGUCUUUUAUUUAAAUUACUAAGGCCUAGGUUUACAGAGCAUACUACAGGACACUUUUCUAUGCAAUAUCCUAACUUUUUUGUGUGUGAUUAUGCUUGUGAGAAAUUUUGUAAUACUAUAUUCUAGUUCUGCUUUCGUUUAUUUUAAAACUGAAUCCUUAAGCUUGCAAA